AUGCUCUAUUCAACGCUACACGCGAGGCGUAAUCGCAUGCCGUGCCAUGUGCUCCGCCUGACGACUAGACUUCUCUACACCCAGGCACUAAAGAGACAGCAGACACCCCAGCACACACGCCUACACACCACCGAGUCGAGAGCAGCCAACACCAUUUCACCGGCACGAUAUUCAGCACGCAUGCCCCAACGAGCACGGCCGUCGGCGCAGCGACGCCAGCGCAGUAGCGGCAGACGCAUCCCCGCGAGCGCCACCGAGGACAAUGAAACAGGCACCGCUACGAAGCGCCGGCGGGCAGAUAGCCCGCUGAAUGGCGGCCGCUCCAGCGACAAGAAGAGGCGGAGCGGAUCACGAAACGCUGUCGCCACCACCGCGACGUCGCCGCGUCUUGACACGCCAACAACGGCGGCGCGCACCUCUCGUGAGUCAAACGCGUACAACCGCGAAACAGACGAGGAGGAGUCGGACAUGCUCCAGCGCUUCUCCAACGUGUCAGUACGGCAACACGCACGGGAGACGUCCCCGUCGCAUCUUGACUCAACGCCGCCGCCUUCGCCCUCUCGAACGUUUGACGGCCACAGAGACGCGGAUCCGUCGGCGUACAUUUCGUUGGCGCAACGCGGUGGUCAAACUGCCGGAUCGCUGCAGCACGCCCCCGUCUUCGCGCUGCCUGCACCGCCGUCAGUGUCGAGCCAGCGCGCUCGAAACUUUUCUCCAGCGUUGCUAUCUCAGCUACUUCUGGCUGAGGCAGCGCGAGCAGAUGCGACAGCAGCGGUGCAACAGUCGGGCCACAACAGCUUUGAGGGUGUCAGCUACGGAAGCGCCGCGCCCUUCUGCGUGCCGACAUCGAUGCAGCAGUCACAGCUGCCACCAACUACGACUACCACAGUGGCAACCGAGUGGCCUCACCGCCGCCGUGACUCAGACGCGACAUCUUUGUACGAGUCGCUACGGGAGUCACCAUCCUCUUUGCCCCAGUCACCGCCGCUGCUCUCCAUGGACUACCUCACCGUGUGCAUCGGUGUCGUGCCCCUUCCGAACUCGGGGGCGCCGUGUGGGACUGCCGCCCCGCGCAAGAGAAACCUAUGGUGGCCCUGGCGUUGUACUACCCUAACGGUAAACUCCACUCCCGCGACCGACGACGUCGGUGAAGCAGCCUCUGACAGGGCUAGCCACAGCGCAAGAGCCUAUAGCAGUGUUGCGGAAGUGAGCUGGCCCACCCCUCUUCACGACCCGACAGUCUCUAUGCACCAGCUGCGACCGCGGCGCCUCUACACAAGUGGUCAGCAGCAUACGGCUGCCGCUGCAGUCGGAGACAGCUCUACCUUGACUACCUCGGCACACCUCACCGAUGUCGCAAGGCCAGCGCCGGCCGGCAGCGUGGUCUCGACCGAUCCCAGUUUCUCCACUGGCCCCACCAUGGAGGUGCUGGGGUGGUCAGGCGUGUUCGCAGAUGUUCCCCUCGUCCUUCCUGGCGCGCAACUGGCGUGCGGCCCGGAUGCACCUGGUCUUGCCAUGAAAGUGGGCAGGGAUGCUCACCCCCGUCGUGGUGGCUGUGAUGGCAGCUGUCAGUCUAAGGACCUGGUGUGCGCCGGUGCUGCCUCCAUCUCUGUCAUCCUGGCGUGA